AUGGCAGUCCUCAGUUCCAUGUUGCUGCCACUCGGGCUGUUUCUAUGCUUCGGACUGCUGUGUUCUUCUGCCAGCUCUGCAGAUGACAUUGACAACUGCACGAUCUUCAAUGAAGUCACCACCACUGGUCAAGGCAUCAUGGCCAAUUCAGAUGUCUAUGAAAGCAACACAAACUACACAGUAUGGGUUCCCGUGAAUGCCAGUAUCAGCUCUGUGGUCCUGCGAGCAGUGGACGUGAACAACAACUCACUAGGCCUCUGGGAAAAAGCAGACAAGCUCUGCAACAACAGCGCCCUAUAUUAUCUGGAUAACCCGAGUGACCAGCUCUUCAAAGCAAACUGGGUAUCUCCUAACUCAAAGAACAUAACUACAAUCGUAUUACAACACAACCACUUACCAGAGCUCUACAACCAGGACAAACCCACACCCAACCUCAACAAAAGGACACAUCUCCACAACGAGAACAACUCCACACCCAACUGCAACAAGAGAACACAUCUCCACAACCACAACAACCCCACAUCCAACCCCAGUAACAGAACACAUCCCCACAACCACAACAACCCCACACCCAACCCCAAUGACAGGACACUUCUCCACAGCCAGGACAACCCUACACCCGAUCCCAAGGACAACCAGCUUGGCCAACAGAACCUUCCUCUGCCCUAUCACAAUUCUCAGGGUCUAGUCAGAGAUGUUAAGUUGGCGUUGCUCUAUGCCCUGCUGAUCGGCAGAGGCCUCCCAGAGCACUGCGGAGGAUUUGGAAGCGAAAGCCAGGCUCAGACGCAGAUUGACGUAUUCAACAAGGGUUAUCUUCCUUGGACUCAGGAGGCCGCACUUCCUCAGGAGGCUUCAGGUUAG